AUGAACUUAUUAAAAUUUAAAAAAAAUUUUUGUCGUAGAAAUUUAAGUACAAUGGCUGUGAUAGGUAUGCCUAAUGGUCUGAGUUUUAUCUCAGAAAUGGAACAAACUAUUAUUCAAUUGGAGAGGGGGACACUUAUUACUAGGUUUUUUCCGCGAAAAAAACCUGAAAGAAAAAUGUUGAUGAUAAGAAGAGAAACAAGGCAGAUAAUUUGGUGCAGAUCAUCAUCAACUAAAGAUUUUGAAGGAGCAGUGGAUAUGAGAGAAAUUAAGGAAAUAAGACAUGGAAAAAAUUCUAAAGAUUUUGAAAAGUGGCCUGAGGAAAGUAAAAAAACAGAUGCAGGAAAAUGUUUUGUUUUAUAUUAUGGUCAGGAAUUUCGAUUAAAGUCACUUUCAGUCGCAGCUUUAUCAGAAAAAGAAUGCGAACUGUGGUUAAAAGGAUUAAGACACUUAGUGCCAGAUACGAUUAAAUCUCCUUACCCAUUGUUAGUAGAAAGAUGGUUAAGAAAAGAAUUUUACACGAUGGAAAGCAGCAGAGAAACAGUAAGUUUAAAAGAUAUAAAAGCAUUUUUGAGAAGAAUCAAUUAUAAAAUAUCAACUUGCAAAUUAAGAGAGGCAUUUCAAGAAGUUGACACGAAAAAACGAAAUGAAAUCGGUUUUGACGAUUUUACUAUCCUCCAUAAUAAACUUAUUUUCGAUGAAGUGGUAAGACAGCAUAAGUUUUUAUUCACUAAUAACUUUGAUGUGUAUGCUGCUUACUCAAAAAAUGGUAAAAUGGUAACAUUGCAAGAGUUUCAACAGUUUUUAGCAGAGGUUCAAAAAGAUCCAUUAGGUGAUAAUGAACAGGAUGUUUCUCAAUUUAUGAGAGAUUUUCUACAGGACACUGUAAGAAAUUGUCAGGAACCAUUUUUUACAACAAUGGAAUUUAUGGAUUUUUUAUUUUCAAAACAUAAUGAUUUAUGGGACGAAGCUAACGAUAGAAUUGUACAAGACAUGAAAAGACCUUUGUCCCAUUAUUGGAUUGCUUCUUCGCACAAUACAUAUUUAACCGGAGAUCAAUUUUCGAGUGAGUCUUCCAUUGAGGCUUAUGCCAGAGCAUUGCGUAUGGGUUGCAGAUGUAUCGAACUUGAUUGUUGGGAUGGACCAGACGGAAUGCCUCUCAUAUUUCACGGUCACACUUUAACAACUAAAAUUAAAUUUUUCGAUGCUAUAAAAACCAUAAAAGAACACGCAUUUGUGACUUCAGAAUACCCUGUGAUAUUAUCUAUAGAAGACAAUUGCACUCUACUCCAGCAACGUAAAAUGGCUCAAGUUAUGCAAGAGGUUUUCGGUGAAAUGUUGUUAUCACAACCCGUUGAAAAAAAUGAAAAACAACUUCCUUCUCCUUGGCAACUUCGCCGGAAAAUUAUUUUAAAACAUAAAAAACUUCCCGAUGGCGUUGAUGAAAAUUCUGUCGUUAUCAGAAAUGAGGAUGGUGCGUUUAUCCAUAUUUUAAAUGGUAAACUUUUUUAUAUGUGUGUCACAGGUAGAGAAAUGGAUUUGAGGAACACGGUAAAAAAUGGCAUUUUGUAUCUGGAAGAUCCCAUAGAUAAUGAAUGGAAUCCUCAUUUUUUCGUAUUGACUCAAAACAAAUUACUUUACACGGAUAGUUUUCAAGGGAAUAAUGAAACCGAUACGGAAGACGAUGAUGAAGAAACCGGAUUUCAAAGGCACAAAGAGGUUAAUAAAUUUACAUUUUCUAUUUCUUUGUCCGUGCCAAAUGACGAAUUGCACUUUAGUGAAAUGUGGUUUCACGGCAAACUGGGAGGGAAAAGAGCGGAAGCCGAAAGUUUAUUAAAAAAAUAUUCACAUUUAGGCGAUGGAACUUUUUUAGUCAGAGAAAGCGAGACUUUUGUAGGAGAUUAUUCUUUGUCAUUUUGGAGACAAGGGAAAGUUAAUCAUUGCAGAAUCAGAUCGAAGCAGGAUAAAGGACAAACCAAAUAUUAUUUGAUUGACACGAAUAGUUUUGAUAGUUUAUAUAGUUUAAUAACGUAUUAUAGAAGUCAUCCUCUCAGAAGUCAGGAAUUUUUAAUUGUUUUGAAAGAGCCGGUUCCGCAGCCGAACAAGCACGAGGGAAAAGAAUGGUAUUUACCCAACGUGACGAGGAGUCAAGCCGAAGAAAUGCUUAAACGGGUGCCAACCGAUGGCGCGUUUCUAGUCAGGCCAAGCGAAAGAGGUGCCAACUCAUAUGCCAUUUCAUUUAGAGCGGAGAAAAAAAUUAAACACUGCCGAAUUAAAGUCGACGGAAGACUGUAUGCCAUAGGAUCGGUUUAUUUUGAAAGCUUGGUCGAUUUAAUAACUUAUUACGAACGUCAUCCGCUGUAUAAAAAAAUAAGACUUUGUCAUCCGGUGAAUGAAGAAAUCGUGCAAAGGAUAGGCCAGGACGUCGACGAUGGGACCGUUUACGGAACUCCCGGUUAUAUGGAUCCGAGUAGUUUCACAUCGAAAAUCACAGUCAAAGCCAUUUACGAUUAUCAGGCUCGACAAGAGGACGAAUUGUCGUUUUGCAAGCAUGCCAUCAUAACGAACGUUAAUAAACAGGAUAGGGGUUGGUGGAGAGGGGAUUACGGUGGUAAAAAACAACAUUGGUUUCCGUGUAAUUACGUGGAAGAAAUCGAACCGCAAGAAAAUCGAGAAGACACGGUACGUGAAAACAUGUCUCUUCAAAAGGGAAGCAUUGACAUCGUGGGUGCGGCAAUCGAAUUGGUCGGUGGAAAUCGUCCGGGUUUGGAAUGGAUUUUACGAAUUCAAAAUCCCAACAUGUUGUCACCCUUCGAAAUGGCGAUACCCGCGAGAGAAGAAGCGUUGGAUUGGAUGGCCGCCAUUAAAGAAACUGUUAAAAAUGCAAGCGUGAGGGAAAAUCAAACGAAAGAAAAAGAAAGAGCCUGGAGAAUAGCUAAGGAAAUGUCUAAUUUGAUAGUUUACUGCAGGUCGGUGGCAUUCAACAUGGAAAGGUUAAAAAAAAACGGUUUUAUUUUUGCGGAAAUGUCAUCGUUUGCGGAAAACAAAGCGGAAAAAUUAAUAUGCAAAGAAGAGACGAGAUUUUUUUUGAAAUAUCAUCAGCAUCAGUUCAGUAGAGUUUAUCCAAAAGGUCAACGAAUAGAUUCGACAAAUUACAAUCCCGUUCCCAUGUGGAAUUCAGGUUCGCAAAUGGUCGCUCUCAAUUAUCAGACACCAGAUAAAGCAAUGCAAAUAAAUCAAAGCAAAUUUAGUUUGAACGGUGGUUGCGGUUACAUUCUAAGACCGGAUUUCAUGUUUCGAGAUGAUUUCGACAUGUACGACCAUCACACUCUCGUCGGUGUCGAUCCCAUGAACAUAUCGAUCAGAGUGAUCGGAGCGAGGCAUUUGACAAGGACGGGAAGAGGAACGACGAGUCCUUUUGUCGAAGUCGAAAUAAUCGGAGCGGAUUUUGAUUCCGGUGUAAAACUCACGACGAAAACGAUUUCCGACAACGGUUUUAAUCCCUUCUGGAACGAAAUAUGCGAUUUCGACGUUUACAAUCCUCAUUUCGCUCUUUUACGAUUCGUCGUACAAGAUGAAGACAUGUUUGGCGAUAGUAAUUUUAUUGGACAAUGCACGUACCCGGUGACAGCCAUAAGAUCAGGUUAUCGUAGCGUUCAUUUAAAAAAUGGAUUCAGCGAAGAAUUGGAAUUGGCGACUCUACUCAUUCACAUAACCGUACGAAAUCCUCUUGAGAGUCAUCACAACGGAGUAGGAAUAAGAACGAGUACCCUGUCGACGAUAUCGAGAGCUUCGACUUUGGUGUGCGGUGAAAGUUCCUCCAAUUGA